AUUAUGCUCACAUAGCAUAGACACCAACCACUGACCACAUACAUUGAUUUCAGUCAACUGUAGGCCUUAUACAAGCAUCUGGUUUUCUUCAACUACGUGCGGUGCGGUACCUCAAAUCUUCUCUCCGAAAAUGGAAAAGAUUUUGCUUAUCAUCAUCACCUUCCUUCUGCCACCUCUUGGUGUUUUCCUGCACACGAAACAGUGUAACAGGACCUUCUGGAUAAACUUGCUUCUUACACUGCUCUUCUGGCUUCCAGGAUUUAUCCACGGAUUGAUGGUGCUGGGCGUGGUCAAGUGCUAGAGCAGCAACUUUGCAUAUGUUGCUUAUGUAGGGCGAUGCUGGCGUAGGACCAUACCGCUACCUGCGAUGGGGCAGGUCAUGUGGAACCGGUAUGGUGGAACGGUACAGAGGGCUGUAAGGCGUUUCUGGCGGGACGCACUAUGCAGGAUUUCAUUUGAUUAGCUAGAGGGUGUAGAUUGAAGACUCCGUGCAAAUGCGGGCACACCAGGUAGUGUACAGUGUGAGAGGCACCAUUCUGCUUAGUCUGGAUACAGACAAGGAUACAGAGUUCAGGAGUGUGUAAGUGUGUUUGAUCAGGCUGAGUCAUUGUCCCUUCAGAUCAGAGUUCAGAAGUGUGAUGGAUCAGGCGAAGUCAGUGUCCCUGUCACACCCAUUGCAGCCCACCCUCACCAGCGGACUGUUACUGUCCAGGCCAGGGAACCCCUGGUCCAGGCGUCCAGCCAACAUGAGGCAUCCGAGGCGAGGGCAUCCCAGGCGAGGGCAUCCUAGGCUCUCGCGCUACGCAAGCGUCUGCCUCAUCUCCCGGACAU